ACACAGUACUUGCCUGCACUUGCUGCUCACUGAAAACUCUGUCCUGCAUUUCAACAUGAACAACAUGGGGCCCCUGCUGCUGCUGAGCUUUCUCUCUCUCUCUGGGACUACAGUGAGGGCUGAAGAAGGGGCUUCUACUAAUGGCGAGUUUCCUGAAUUUUGUGGCAAACAAGAAUGUCCCAAAUUCCGUCUGGUGCAGAAAUAUGAUUCUUUUGAACUCCGAGCUUAUGAAGGAACCCAGUGGGUGACAACAGAAAUGAAUGAUGGAUUCCUAGGCUUUGGAAUGGUCACAAGCUUCAGGCGCUUAUUUAAUUAUAUCUCUGGCAAGAACUCCCAAGGACUAAAGAUUGAAAUGACUGUGCCGGUACUUAUACAGUAUCCAUUAAAAGACACGCGUCGCAAUGCUACCAUGUCCUUCUUCUUGUCACCUUCCCUAGUGAAUCCCCCUCAACCCCAGGACCCUGCUGUUUAUCUUGAAAACACUCCCCCGGUAUCUGUAUAUGUCUUGUCUUUUGGAGGCUAUGCAUUGGACUAUGACUAUAAGAAGAAAGCCAAGGCACUUGCAGAAAAGCUGGGAAAACAGGGCCUGUCUUUUGAUGAUUCCGUCCGCACUACUGCAGGCUACAAUGAUCCAUUUACACUGCUUAAUCGGCACAAUGAAGUCUGGUACAAAGCAAAGUGAAACACAGAAAAAUAGUUCUAAACAGUACUAAUGUGUAUACAGCCUAUAGAGACUCAUGUAAUGCCAAGCAAGGCUGAUACAGUGCUAUGAUAAGGAAUGCUGCUUGGCGUUUAGCUUUUAUCCCUCUUUAUUAUUAACAGCAUUAUAACAUCUCAAACCAAAAAACCUGUUUUAGAUAUAGCUCUGCAGGGAGUUACUGUAUUUUUUCAUGGCCUUUGUACAAAAAAAAUUUUUAUUACUCAAUAAAAAAAUUUUGAUAUUUUGAA